CGAUCUACCACCAUCCUUACCACUGAACAAAGCUAAAUUUUCAGUACCACCACUAUGGUCACCUCUAAAACCAAAAAGACGUCCAAGUAUACGUAUGCAGAACGGGUUCUCAGUGCAUUUUCACAGGCACAGAAAGAGCACAGGAGGCACAGUGUACACCUUGGUACCCUUCGUGCACAUGUGAGAAAGACCGCGAAAGAUAGGAAAGAUAAACUAGGUCCUCAGUGGGCAUCAUGGGUAGGAAAGGCUGUGAAGAAGCUUGAAGAGCAGGGAGUUUUGCAGCCUAUCGACUCCAGUGGGUAUGUGGGCAUGACUCCGGAGGGGAAAAAAGUCCUCUCAUACGCUCGCCGCAAGUUCCUUCCGACUGCCGCUGGGGAUGCAUCACCUGCGCAAGAGGAUGCUGUGUGGAAAAAUGUCACCGAACAUUUCUCCCCGUCAGUGUAUAAACGGCAGCGCGCGAGAUCUGCAUCUCAUUUAAGGACAGUUUUUGGCGGGGAAGAAGUCGAGGAAGAUAGUGCUUCCGCACGUGGAAGUCCUAGGGCGAAGAGACAGCGACGAGCACCGUCUCCCGUCAAACCCCACGAGCGGACCUUGACAAAAAUGACAAAGGCAGAGCUUCAAACUAAGGUCCGAGAGCUCCAGCAGGCAAAUCUUACGUAUCAACAACUGAAGGCGCAACUUGCGGACCGCGAUGAACAACUACAUGACAUCCAAGAUGAACUCAACAUGCUGAAAGUAUCCGCUGAAAGGGCGCAUGAGAUCAUGCGCGAAGAAGAAUUGACAGAGUUGGAUGAACAGGAAUUUCAGGAUGACGUGUAUGGAGAAGUUCCAGCGCCAACAUUUGAUGUGCAGACCCCACACGCUGAAACGCCGCAAGGUGCAGGUGUGAUGCGGACCCAAUCAGGCUCUAUCAUUCACGACAUCUCUAUGCGGCCCACUCCUGCACCAAGCUCUCCUGGUGAUGAACACGUUCGCAGGUAUCGAGACGAUGAAGACGUGUUUGCGGACCAGCAACACGAACAUUUUCGCACCCCUGAAUCUCUGCCAGACCGUAGGGCUUCGCAGACAACUGAACAACACUGGCCCGCUUUGGCGAGCACAAUUGAUGCUAUGGAGAAGGAAAACGCGAAACACGUGACAGAGAUCCAGACUCUCAAAGACACAGUUACCCGCCUUCAGAGCGAGCUUGAAACCCUGACAGGCAUCGCUGAUGGCUACAAGUCACAUGUAGCUGACCUUGAGGGCGAAACAAAUGAACUUGAAUCUGGCAAGCGCGACCUGCAACAAUGCCUCGUUGAUCGCGAUCGCAAUAUCACGCAACUCCAAAAUAAAAUUCUCGAGCACGAGAGUGCUGUCUUCCAGCUCAAUGAGAUGCUCGCUCAGAAAGAAGCCUCAUUAAAAGCAUUCUCCUUGGAGACCGAGAUGCUUUUGCGCAGCAAGAACGAGAUUCUUGCUGGGCUGCAGGGAAUGGAGAACGAAAUGACUGCUGCGCGAAGCGAGAAUAGGCGCUUGACGGAUGAGCUCGCUAGUUCUCAUAGAGAAGAAGAAACCCUUCAAGAGCGGAUGCUGGAACUCAUACGAACCACAGAGGAAAGACGAGGAGAACUCGCCCAAGCCUUGAGUGUUGCGCAGAGCGAAGCCAUGCAUGGAGCUGUGCUCACCCAGGAGCUGACUGAGGCUACCAAGGAGCUCGAGAAACAGCUCUCUGAAGCCAACAGCACCGCAUUGACCCUCGAUGCUGAAUAUGCGGAAGUCCUUAGAUUCAACGGUCAGCUUCAGCUGGCUCUAGAGGAGUCCAGGAAGGAGAUUGAAGAGUUGAAGAGCAGGAUUACGUCUUCUGAGAUGAGGGAGGCAGGAUUGUCGUCAAAAUUGCUCACCGCAGAUGCGACGAGGCAGUCCAUGGAGGAUGCCGCUGCAGCCAUGAAAAAUGCUUCACGAGUUGAACGAGUGAAGACGCAGUCUACCAUUCUUGGGCUCCUCAAGAAAAUUGAUGGGCUUCAAAUUCUGCGCGAUGACGAAGCGUUGGGUUUUGCCGACAAAAUUGCAGCUCUGGAAGGUGAAAUCGAAAAUCUUAGAUUGAACCUUCACAGUACGAGCGAGGCCAUGCAGACUGCUCUCACUGCUUUGAAGAAAUUCAAUGACGAUUUAGCGCACUCGGAGAAUUUGCUCGUAGCAGAGCAGUCCACUUCUAAUGGCCUUCGGGAUAGUCUGACUCAAGCGCGAGACCAAAUCUCUAUGUUGAAGGCAGAAAAGACAGCCUGCGAGUCGACAAUCGACAAUCUUAAGGUUAUUUAUGAUCAGGGGAAGAGGAUGCAGAAAGACUGGAUGUCUGGGAUGGAGAGCACGUUUGCUUCCGCUCAGCCAGCUUUAUUCGCACACGAUGCAUCAGCCUAAGCUACUGCCAACACUAAUGUAGACUCGACAAACAGUUUUCGAUGUUGUGGGUGAUGCAGGUUUCAUGUCAUCAGACAAUUGUUUGAACUUGACAUUUACUGUGGAUAUACAUAACGCUAGCGAUAUUAAUCUUGAUCUCGAGAAAGUUCUAGUUCGUGUCGGUGCCACAAUUGAUCGAGUAAAGAUGGCUUUGAAAUUUGAUGUUUUGA